AUGUCUGAACCUCUAAAUCUCGAAUCCUUUCGAAAGAUUCCCCUCGCCUACGCAAGCUGUUCGAUCGGAUGCCAUCCAUCCGACACCCUACCGCGCAAGCUGCAAGCCAUCUCGAACGCCGCCUUCAACGCGAUUGAGCUGUCCUUUCCAGACAUCCAGUCCUAUGCGCAGUCAAUAUUCAAUACGAAAAUCGAAGACGACAACUUCCCGGCCCUCUGCAAGGCUGCCGCGGACAUUGGGCGCCAAUGCAAAGCCCUCAACCUGGAGAUCAUGAUGCUGCAGCCCUUUGCCAACUUUGAAGGCUGGCCGAGGGGAUCAGUAGAGCGGGAAAAUGCCUUUGCCAGAGCGAAAGGGUGGAUUCAGAUUAUGAACGCCUGUGGGACGGACUUAUUACAGGUUGGAGCAACCGACACCCCUGGCGAAAAAAUAUCCACCAGGCGAGAGGACAUCGUGGAAGAUCUCCGCCAGCUAGCCGACAUGCUAGCGAGAGAAAAGUACCGGAUGGCCUAUGAGAACUGGUGCUGGUCGACGCACGCACCCACCUGGAAGGACGUAUGGGAGAUCGUCAAGGCAGUCGAUCGACCCAACGUCGGCUUGUGUCUGGACACCUUCCAGACAGCGGGGGCCGAAUGGGGCGAUCCCACGACUGCCUCCGGUCUAAUCGAGGAUGUUCCCAAGGAAGAGCUCGACAAGAGAUUCGCGGCCAGCAUGGACGAGUUGGCGCGAUCCAUCCCUCCAGAGAAGAUCUACCUCCUGCAGAUCUCGGACGUGUACAAGCCUGUGCAACCCCUCGAAAGAAAGGACAUCAACGGCCUACGGCCCCGGGGCCGAUGGAGUCAUGACUUUCGACCCAUGCCUUAUGACGGGGGUUAUCUGCCAAUAGAGCAGGUCACGAAGGCGGUCCUCAAGACCGGAUUCCGGGGGUAUUUCUCUAUGGAAAUUUUUGAUAGCGGGCCCGACGGCAAGGGCAAGGAUUAUGAGAUGGAGCAGUUUGCGCUGAAGGCGCAGCAGAGCAUGCAAACGUUGUUCAAGAACUGUGCAGACGAAUGA